AGCCUUUGGUGCUUUCAGCGGAUGACAAGGGACAUGGUUUGGUCCUAAAAUUAAACAUCGUCUGCUUUUGGUACGAUUGGUACGGUCGUUCAAGUAUUUCAUAAUUUUCGUGAAAAUUUGUGAACCGAAGUAUUAAGUUCAUCGCCCUUAUUUAAUUUUAUCAAUUAUUUACUUAUAUUAUCCUGCUGAUAAAAAAGUAUGCGCAUCAAUUUUUAAACUUUCUGCUGGUGUAUUAUCUUCAAAACAAUGGAGGAAACCUCUCAAAGGGAUGUGAACUAUCCUCGAAUAUUCCCUAGGAGUUUAACAGCUGGUUGUUCCAUAAAAAACAAGGGGGCAAUAGAUUGGAGUCCUACAGGUCUUCUGGCUUAUGGUUCAAACCACACAGUUGUGAUAGUUGAUACGAUUCAAUUGCAAGUUGUUCAGACUCUAGAUAAACACAAAACAGCAGUUGUAAAGGUUAAGUGGCCUGGUAAAAUUCCAUCAGGGACUAUUUCUUCAAGCACUUCAACUAAUAACUCCCCAUGUCACUCAAUGAUCCUGGCAUCUGCUGAUAGUUCUGGAGUGAUAAUAAUUUGGGAUGUUAUUACUGGUGUAGCUUUACACAUUUUAAGUGAUGGAAAUAAGUCAAUACAAGAUAUAAUGUGGGCUCAACAUUUUGACAACAGUGAAAAAUAUUUAAUGGUGAUCCACCCCCCUUAUUCAUUUGUGAUUUGGGAUGUCACUACAGGGACCAAAUUAUGGAAGAAAACAUAUGCUGAACAAAUCUUAGCGAUUGAUUUCGAUCCAUUUGAUCCCACAAGACUAGCGUUUUUAUGUCCUGAUUGCAUCCUGUUGGUCGAAGAUUUUUCAUUGUUCAAAGCCCCUUCCAGCAAUGGCCGAAAAUUCUACAUUUCGUCUCCAAAAGCUGCCACCACACCUAGCACACCAAGUGUGCCAAUGCCAUUAAGUUCUUCUGAUCGUUCUCGGGAUCGACUUCGCAAAUUGAUGCGAGAUAUCAUUGUAGGCGAAUCUGCUCCUCGUCCAGAAGAGCAGGGCAUGACUUCACUAAAUGAAUGUCUGCAGCUCAGUUUUCAUCGUUCUUUGCGCCACAUCAUAUGCCUGGUCUAUUCCAGAGAAAUCCUACUGGUAGAUUUAAGGAUUCAUCACACAGUAGCUGUUUUACUUUCCACGGAUCGAAGCUAUUCCCCACUACAACAGUUACUACUGUGCCGACAGCGGGACAUGCUGAUCUGCGUCCACGAAUCGGGUUCCUUGAGUGGUCGCAUUCGAAGAGGAAUUGUGCAAUCAACAGAGCCGGCAACCCCUUCACAUUCCCCAUGGAAUGCUCCUGAAUUAGAUGUCGAGUUACACUACGAACAGCGAUCCCAGACGGAAAGCAUUCGACUGACCAAAAGCAACAAAAUAUUGGGUGCUGCUAUGCAUCCACUUCUCGAAUCACGUACAGCUCUCCUCCUCUCUGACGGAAGGCUUUACUUCUACGAUUUAAGCUCCAAUGCCAUGAAGCAACAAGGUUGCCUGGCAGAAAUAAUGCCUCCAUUAUGGACGAACUGCAAUAGCAAACUAUCGCUUAAAUUCUCUCUAUCUGGAUUGUUGACUUCUCUAUCUGGCUUUCCACUCUCCUCCAACCAAUGCGUGAUGAAGAUGUGUCCACCACUCACAGUAAAAAAUAUGCAAUAUUAUAAACCACUUGUAGCUGUAGGAUGUGCCAAUGGUACUAUCCAAAUUUGUGACGUAUCAUCUGGGCUGAUCAAGAAAGAACUUGCUGUUCACAAUUAUGCUGUCAAAGGAAUUGAGUGGGUACAAAUGGACGAAUUUCUCAGUUAUGCACAAUCGUCUCCAGCUGCUAUCGGUGGUUGGGUGCGUAACGAGAUAAUUUUGACUAACGUUCAAACUGGCAGAGUGGUUUCAGUCCGAGCUGAUCGAGGAGAAGAAUCGCCUUUAGAACUUCUCCGUGUUUCUCCGUUAAAGCAAUACUUUAUGGUCGUGUUCAAAGAGGCGCCUCCUGAACUUUGGGAUUUACGUCAUUUGACCCUUAUCCGGACAUUACCGAAACGGUUUCCUACAAUCACUAGUCUGGAAUGGUUGCCUUCCCAUCUUCAACGACACGUCAAAAAAUCUUUAGCGGAAGAUUCAGACUCCAGUGUCACUUUAUUGACGGGUUUGAGCGUCAAGGAGUUUUUUGUUUUCGCCGAUCCAGACGGUAAUCUCUAUCACUUGACCGUCGAUGGGAGUGUAGUCAAAGAUGGUGCUCGACUAUCUCCUCCGAACACGUUGAAUGGAAUCGUGUCUAUGGCAUGGAAGAGCGAAUGGAUGGCUCUUGGUGAUGCUGAAGGAGGCGUCGCUAUUUGGGAAUGGCGGACACGUCAUUUCCGUCCUCUACCCCAUUCCAAAAGCCCAAUUCGAAAGUUGCGAUUUGCCCCCGGUAAGAAUAAUAUGAAGUUACUCGUACUUCACAUGGACGGGCUUGAUAUCUGGGACGUCAAAGAAAGCGAACGGUUAGGACAAUGGAGGAAUUCUCCUUUCCGCGAUUAUUUGUCUAUUUUGGAUGCAGAAUGGUCGGCUUCUGACAGACCACUGCUGGCAUGCUCCGACGGAUCCAUUCGAGUGUUUGACAUUUCUCUACAGCAGUGCAGCUCAUGCAUGGGAGAAUAUGCACAAGAUCCAGUUCCCUGCCCUUUACUAAUGCCACGUUCUGCUUUUCAAGCCAUCAAGACAAGCGUUCAGCUGAAUAUCCCAACUUCAAGCAAAUGCACAAAUCCAAGCAAAGACUUAAUCUUGAAUUACAUUUCCGACCACAUCCCGUUAGUUAAAACUGGAAUUCCCGAUCAGUGCUUUCGAGCUGCUCUACUUUGCGGCGAUCAACCACAGGCUGAGCUAUGGACUGUUGCCUCCUAUUAUCUGCGCUUUCAUUCCGGAAAAGAAUGUGCCACACCCCUGGACACCGUCUAUGAUUUACUUUGCGAUUCUUCUACCUACCGUCAAAUGGCGACGGAGCGAGCGGCUCUCUACCAAUCCAAACCUCGGGCUUACGAACACACACGCCAACUGACUCGCGAUCAUCUCUUGCUCAACGACAAGGAUAAAGCGAUUGCUUUAUUACUCAACACUGAAUCGGAGCAUGGUCAUUUUUACAGCAACCAUUUGCUGGCGUGUCUUGCUGCCAUACUACAGCCGGCUGGAUGUCACGGCAAUGCGCAUAGCACACUGAAGCUUGUAGCCACUCAUCUGAUAGCUUCUGGUCAUAUCUGGCAAGGCGUUGAAAUCCUUAUUCUCAAUGGACAAGUGCCUGAUGCGUGUCGUUAUCUUCAAGCCAAUCAUUUAUGGGAAGAUUCGGCUCGAGUUGCGAAACUGCUUCUAAUGAAGGAAAAGGAAAGAGCUGGUGAUACUCAACCGGAAAUAGCUGAAGCCGCAGAGAUCUGGAGACGUUGGGCUGCUCAUUUGAAUAACUGUCGUCAAAAAUUUGCGGCUACGCUGGUCCUAACCGCGGUUGGGGCAUGGCACAAGGCGGCAGAACUUCUGGUCCAGCAGCAAAUGCACGACGCUGCCGCCUUGUUAUUACGAGCCGCUGAGGAAAAUGGCUUGCACCAAGCAAAUGAUGCAAUUCAAUUGGAUUUCAUGCACGGCCUUUAUUGUCAAUAUGCUCGGCUUCUCUAUGAUUCCGGAUGGCAGUCCGAGGCCAAAGAAUGGGCAGGUUUUGGUGGACCUAGCGGCCAACAGCUCAUGGACGAAUGGAACAUUUUGGAUGUUGAUGCAAUUUCAAGCUGUUAAAGUUCAUAGAAUACCAUUUACACUAUUUUCCCCACAUUUCCCAAAACCGAGUCAUUCCGUACUUGUUGAGUACUUUCCAUUUAUCUUGUUACUACUUUUUGUAAUAUUAAAUCCAUUGGUUAAAGUUAA